AAAAAGCGUUAGUUUUUUAACAACUACGUCAACAGUUGGUUUUUAAAACCGCACGUGUCCACUCGCAAAGGAAAAUCCGUAACGUUAAUUAAAUCAACCCCGUGUUGGAUUGUAACGUUACGAAAACGUUCGGGUUAACCUAAAAGGGCGACGCAGUUUAACGAUGAAUACGGUGGCCAUACCCCCGGGUCUCGGCUGGUACGUCACUUCGAUAGUGGCGUGCGCCCCUGACAAUACCCUGGUAUACGGGGCGCGCUUUGACAUCGUCGUCGUCAAACAGACAGACAAAGAUAAACCUCUCAAUGUGAGGAUCAUCACUAGGGCCCACCAGUCUACUAUCCUCUCAGUGGCUGUCAACAACAAAAACUGGGGACCUGGACACAAGUAUGCUGUUACAGUGUGUGACAACAAGAUUAUAAAGUUGUGGGACAUAGAGAACAUGCAGAAGGUUCUCUCCCAUAAUCACCACCUAAGCGUUAGUAAUACAGAAAAAGUGGUUGGUGUUACUUUUGCUGGAGACGAUCGAGUAAUCAGCGUGUCCGAGACUGGAAAAAUAGUAAUUUGGAACAUUUUAUUAAACAGUUUCGAUAGUUUAGAUCUAUUCAAUGGCAAAGAUACUGUGACUUGUCUAUCGACAUGUCCGCAUGCUGCAUGGCUUACAGCGUUCGGAUUCAAGAACGGAAUGGUUAUGAUUUGCGAUCUCAGACGUCAGGGUAAAAUUUUAUAUAAACUCAGAGGCCAUGAGAAAUCGGUUUUGGACUUGGCUUGGUGUCCAGUUCCUGUUAACGUGUUCCCCCAAAAUCCUAGAAACACGGUGGGAAUGAAGAAACGGUCAGGCACACCGGAGCUAGAGUCGGUGGAUGGAUUUGACGAUCCUUUGAAUGGUUUAUGCGAACAGGUUGUUGCCUUAGACGUCAAAGGUGAUACUCCCACAACAACGUCGCCACCUGUAGUCGAAAUUGUUGGAGAACAAGGUGGAUCUGGAGAUCAGGAGAGACAAACGCUGCCAGAAUCGAUUGAUGAUAAGGCUCCUGAAUCAUCAGAAGAGGUUAAAAUUGGAAAUGUUGGUCAAGAGCCCCAAACACUAGAAACUCCGAUGGUUGUUGAUAAAAUCCCUGAAAUACUAAAAGGAAUUAAAAUUGAAAAUGGUGGUCAAGACUGUCCAAAAACUGAACCAGAAACUCUCAAACAAUCAGAAGAGAUUAAAGUUGAAACUGUCAGUCAGGGAGAAGCGAAUGUUUCCAAAGAAACAGAAGUAGAAGUUGAGAAAAGCAAUCAGGAGGAACCAAAAGUAAUUGAAACCGAAAAGGAACAAACACCUAAAAAAACAGAAAAGAAUAAAAAAGGGAAAUCAAAAACAUCAACGGAAGCUGAAAUAAAAAAAGAAGAAACUCCCAAGAAAUCGGACAAAGUUAAAGAAGAGAAGUCAAAAACUUCCACAGAAUCGGAGAUAAAAAAAGACUCUCCUCCUAAAAAAUCUGGGAAAGGCAAAAAGGAAAGGUCAAAAACUUCUUCAGAAUCGGAGAAAAAAGAAGAAACUCCUAAAAAAUCAGAAAAAGCUGAAAAGGUGAAGGCAAAAACCUCAUCAGAACCAGAUGUGAAAGAUGAAACACCUAAAAUAUCAGAAGAAGUUAAAGGGAAAAAGAAGAAGAGAAAGGGUUCAAGUACAGAUACUCCGGAAGAAGUGAAAAAAGAACCUGUCGUGCAAGCCCCGACACCUGGUAGUAAAAAAACCGACAAGAAGAAGAAAGAAAAUCCAUGGAUUAAUCUGAAACAUGCCGACGACGAUGAACAACCGAAAAUCACUAAAAAUGCCGCAAAAGCCAAGUCCCCCGAACGCGACUUUGCUGCCGAAUGCAGAGCAUUGAAGGAAAAAAUUAUGGGCGUGGUUGAUGAGCCCAAUUCCGGAAGGAAGAUAUGUAAAAGGAACAGGAAAAAGGGGAAACAAAAUGAGGAGGAGGCCGUUAAAAAUGAGCAAUCGGAAGAGAAACCGCAAGUAAACGUACCUAGAUAUUUAGAACUUAAUGAAGAUGUGGACCAAUCUGAACGAACUGAGAGUGCGCCAGACAGUCUCCGUGAAGUGCCGCAAGAAAUUAAUAAUGAUGAAUCCGAACAGACUCAAUCUGCUGACGAACAAACGGAGAGUGCACCGGAAAGUCUACUUGAAAUAGCCCAACAAGACAGUCAAAUGAUGGAGUCUGAACAAAUUCAAGUGGUAAAUGAUCAAACGGAGAGUGCCCCGGAAAGUUUACGUGACGUACCACAAGCAGAGGGUCAGAAUGUGGAAUCUGAGCAGAUUGAAGUUGAAGCUGAAGAAGAACGUACGGAGAGUGCGCCAGAGAGUCUUCUUGAAAUAGCACGGGAAGACAAUCAAAAUAUGGAAACUGAAUCUACAGAGGAUGCUCCGGAAAGUUUACCACAAGAGCAGGUUCAAAAUAUGGAGGUAAACACUGAGAGUCCAGCACAAAAUCCCGAAGAACAAGUUGUGGAACGAAUUCAAGGAGGAGCACCAGAAGUGGCACAACAACAUGACAAUAUCGUUCAAGAGGAGGAAGUUCAGGAAGCAGACGCAGCGCAAUCACAGGCUGUUAUUAUAACACGGAGCCCUGUAGAUUCAGUUGAAGAGGAACCUCGCCGAGAGUAUCUGUUGGCUUCGUCGGCUCGGGAAGGCCAUAUUUACAUUUGGAGAGCCGGAACCGAUGGACGGAUGCAAACCUUCCUGAACUUGCCCAAUAAACCUUUCAAGAAAAUGCGAGCGUUCAACAGCGAAAAGGUGUUUGUUACAUUGGCAUGGCCGACUCCGAACAUGUUGUUGUGCACAUCUAAGUUCGGGGAAUUGUUGCAGUGGACGGUGCCGAAGCCGUGCGAGAAAGAACGUCACGUCACGAACAUCCACAAGGACCAUGGCAGUAUUAUAUUCAAAGUAAUGACCCCCAUGGUGUUAGGAGACGAGUACAACUGGAAGAAUUUAAAGCCCAGCAACGUUUGGUCGGCGGGCAUUGAUCGCCGCAUAUUGAACACCAGUUUAGGGCCUUCGAAGGCAAACCUCGCUUGUAUCACGACCCUUGGCGGGCAGGUGACUUGUCUUUCAGCCUCUCCCUUCGCUCCAACUAAGGUGGCUUUGGGAACUUCCGAGGGUGUAUUCAAAGUUUGGGACCUGAGCAAGCAUAGUGCCAAAUCUAUUCAAAUGACACACUUUUACAGCAAAGUUAAAAAUACCGUUACUUGUUUAAGAUGGGAUCCUAGAAAUGAAACUGGUUUGGUGUUUGGCACCACAGAAGGACGGGUUGGUCUUGUUGAUUCGUCCAAUCCGAAUAAAAUGCCCAUACUUGUGAAGCACUUCUUCAAGGACCCUAUCCAUCAAAUUGAUUUUGGACCACUGAAAGGCUACGAAAAACGCGGUCUCUAUAUUGUUUCUGAAGGGAGACUUGGCAUUUACGACCUGCAAAACUUAAAUAAUGAGCCGGAAUUGCUGAAGGUACCAGAAGGUACGUACGUGUUUAAUGCCGCUUGGAAGCCCCGUCAUCCCAUCCUCGUCGUGAGCACCAAAAACAAAUCACUUCUGGUAUUUGACGGCGACUUGAAUUUGAAAAAGACCCAUUACAUUCUGGAGAAAUUCAACAAUAUAAUAUGGCAUCCUCAAUCUGCACAAAAGGCGAACAACCUUACCAAGUACAGCAAAUGUUUUGCAGCCACAAAUGUUACCAAGAACUUCUUCCUUGGCACAUUGCAUGAUGAUACAGUUGAAUUCGAAGUAUUUACUGGACAUUCAGGAAACGUUUUGUCGUUGUCGUGGUGUCCAUUCGAUAAGGAUCUGCUCUGCAGCGUUGGAGAGGAAGGCUCUGCCCAGGUGUGGAACAUGGCGACCAAAACGUUGGUCGGCACCUUCAACCAUCCGAGCUAUGAACCACUGACGACUGUGGUCUGGAGUCCUUUAUUCAUUGAUCAAAUAAUCGUCGGAUCAAAAGACCACACAGUUUACAUGUGGAACAUCAGCGAAAACCCACCCAGAGUGGCUGAAGAAAUAUCCGAACACCGCAGAGAAGUUUUGAAGCAAGUCAUUGAUGAAACUUUCGAUUUGGUGGGCAAAGGCUCAAAAACAGCUACCGAAAAGUCGAAGAGCGAAAAGCACGCCACACUAUUCCCCGGGUUGUAUACCGGAAAAAACCCCGUCAGCCACAUUGCCGAUUUACACAAACUCUUGGAUUGGAUGGAGGCUAGAAAUCGCGGGGAAACCUCCAGAACUCAGGGACUUAACGCCCAACAAAACGACCUACUUAAAAUGUACGGCAGCAAGGAGGAAGUGAACGAUUUAAUAAAGAAAGACUUAAAAACUAACAGGGAUAGAAGCAAAUUCAGCAACGUCGAUACAAUUACCUUAAUCCAAGGAGACAUCAAGGCAGGAGUUCAAGCAGCAAUAGAACAUAAACGAGUUAAUCCCUGGAUCAUUUCCGUAGCCCCUAUGAUCUCAACUGAUGUAUGGCGUAAAGCUUGUGAAACUUACGCACAUCAAUUGAUGGAAAUCGCGGAAACAGAUCCGUUGGAAUUAAUGACUUAUUUAUUGGUGCUGCAUAAUGUUGAGGAUGCUAUUAAUAGUCUGUGUGAACGAGGCUUGUAUCGAGAGGCAUUUAUUUUGGCCAAAGUUAGAUUACCUGAUGGACAUGAAACUAUCACAAAGGUUAUUGAAAGUUGGAGGCAUCAUGCGUUCGUCACUGGACAAUUUGAACUUGCUGCUCAACAUGACAUCGCUUUAGGACAGUAUGAAAGGGCUGCACAACUUCUGUACAGAAGAUCUGAUGUGCCCGCUUUAGAGUUAGCGGUUGCUCUUUCUCAAAAAACAAAAAAUCAAGAUCUUAAGAUAGCAGUCAUGCAAAGAUUACAGGAUCUUAAAAUGGUGAAUCCGAGUUAAGCAUAAAAUAAAUGUUUAAUAAUUUUUUCAUAUUUUAUGGAUUUAUAAGACUGAAAUUUAAGUCUAUGUUUAAUUUUUUAUUUGUUGAAAGAUUUUUAUUUUAAGCAACGAGUGGUGCUAACCAUGUAUUAUUCAGAAUAAAUAAUUUGUUGUAUAA